AUGGGGAUACCCCCGGUGCCCCCAGGCUACUCCCACCCCUCAUGGGGAUACCCCCGGUGCCCCCAGGCUACUCCCACCCCUCAUGGGGAUACCUCCGGUGCCCCCAGGCUACUACCACCCAGCCCUAAUGGGGAUACCUCCCGCGCCCCCAGGCUACUCCCAGCCCUCAUGGGGAUACCCCCGCGCCCCCAGGCUACUCCCAGCCCUCAUUGCGAUACCCCCCGCGCCCCCAGGCUACUCCCAGCUCUCAUGGGGAUAACCCCGCGUCCCCAGGCUACUCCCCGCUCUCAUGGGGAUACCCCCGCGCCCCCAGGCUACUCCCCGCCCUCAUGGGGUACCCCCCGCUCCGCCAGGCUACUCCCCGCCCUCAUGGGGAUACCCCCGCGCCCCCAGGCUACUCCCCGCCCUCAUGGGGAUACCCCCGCGCCCCCAGGCUACUCCCCGCCCUCAUGGGGAUACCCCCGCGCCCCCAGGCUACUCCCAGCCCUCAUGGGGAUACCCCCGCGCCCCCAGGCUACUCCCCGCCCUCAUGGGGAUACCCCCACUCCCCCAGGCUACUCCCCGUCCUCAUGGGGAUACCCCCUGCGCCCCCAGGCUACUCCCCGCCCUCAUGGGGAUGUAGACCUACAAGAAAUUGGCAAAUAA